AUGGAGGAUAAAAGGGGCGCCGAGACCGUGACGGCUCAAGCGACCCAAGCCGCUGGGACUAUUGGGGAAGUGCCAAAUCUAGGGGGCGCUAACAUAGAGGCACCUUGGGCGCCAUUCGUUGCUUGCCCAGGUGGCUUGAGAGAGGCGCAGGCGGGCGAAUCCACUAUUCGUGCAAGGGAACAGUGCACAAGAGAGGAGAGGGAGGUGUUGGGCGCCGAGAUUAAGAUGGCCUAG